CUCAUGACGAGAUUAUCUGAUACGUCACAGCGUCAUCUCUACCGCAAAGCAUCAGAGCAGCCUGCAGUGGAUUUGAUUAACGCUUACACUAAACUAUACACUGAAUCGCGACAAGAUGCUUUGGAUGUGCUGGAUGUCAUGUCCGACUUGAAUCAAUUUGAUGACAGAUGAUAUCAAAUCAAAGCUUUUAUUUUCUGUCAUUGUGCUUGCAUUUCGUUUUUCUCAAAAUGAAAUUGAGGAAAUGAUGUCCAAAGUUAUUGAAGCUGUCAACAUACCUAAUACAGGAGUUAGUGCACAGAUAAGUACGCAUAGUGUCUAUGUGAAGGAGAUGGAGUGUCUGACAACUAACUACCUCUAUAGGACAGCAAAGCAGUAUGAUCUGAAUAAUGUCAUAGAAAAAGUCAGCGAGCAGUUGUUCUCAACACUACAUGAUUACCCAAGCCUACGCAUGUCUUCUGGCAUAAAAUCCUUCAUCGGCACCUGUGUUCGUGUUGCUUGGCAACUGAGCACACAUUCACCUCCGUACAUCUUAGACUAUGAUCAUAAAGAUUUCAACGACCAAUUACAUCAAAGAUUCCAUCGUAAUGAUACAAACAAAAAGAUAAAGGGUUAUCUUUGGCCCGCUCUGCUCGAUGCAACUACUCUUAAAUGCGUACAUAAGGGUAUAGUCAUUACAGAGAAAUCAGAAAGCGACGAUGAAUUAUGUGAUACGAAAUUAUGA